GCCUCUUCCUCCCAAGUGCUGAGAUUACAGGCCUGCACCACCACCCUUGGUUUAUACAGUGUUAAAAAUUGAACCUAAAGUUCAGUCCUGCUAAGCGAAUACCACCAACUGAACUGUAUACUUAGGUUCAAAUCCAACAAUGUUUUCCUGUGUUUGUAAAAUAUGCAGGGUCUCCAAGUGUUUUCAUGUUCUAAUCAAUAAUGUUUUUCAUGAAGAGACUUACAGACACACUGAAAAUAGCUCUGAGCUGCACAUUCCUGGCUCCCAAGGGUUGCUGUGGCGUUAGCAGGAUGAUUGUUACAUCAGCAGCAGCAGUUUCAUCAGAAUUAGGCUGUAUGAGGUUCUAAGUGAGAAUUCUGUCAUUGCUGCCAGCGAUGGCUUUGGAAAAAGAUGCCUGUCCCGCUUUACCGAAACUGGACGACAGUGGUGCAGCAGAGAACGAAUCUAAGCCUGCCAAUAAGUGUGAUGACAUUCACUUGCCACGGUUCUCAAUAAAGCAAGGCAUGUUCCCAUCACGUUACGUUAUGCCUUGGAAAGAAAACAUGAAAUUCAGGAAUGUGAAUCUGCAGCAAGCAGAUGCAUGUGGGAUCUAUGCUGGCCCCUUGGAAGAUUCUCUGUUCUGGGGUCAUAGUGAGCGGCUUUGCCAUGGGGAAGAUCGGAAAGUCAUCAUGAAGAAAGGCCCACCAGAGAUAAAGAUUGCCGACAUGCCUUUGCAUUCGCCUCUCUCCAGAUACCAGAGCACCGUGAUCUCCCAUGGCUUCAGGAGGCGACUGAUCUAAUGGGCUGACCUGGGGGUAGUGGAUCACUUGCCCAACACACAAGAGGAUCAGGGUUCUAACCCCCAUUACUACUAAAAAGAAUAAAAUGAUAAAGUAGUUCAA